ACCCGCACAAGCCUCUGUCUGACAGCUGUACUGUGUCGGUGGUCAGUGGGAAAGUCCAGGUGACCUUGAGGAAGGUCGAGUCAGGCGUUAACUGGCCGGUGCUAGGGGAACCUCUCAAGCUUCACCAGACGUACCCCAGGAAUAAAAACCUUGAGUGCCGGUACCACACGUACACGUGUGUCAACAACAAAGAAGUGACGCACGACACGAGACUGCUCACCUUCCGACCCCCGGCCGGCCUACGUAUGAUCACGCCUGUGGGCCACCACUUGCACAUAAAGAACAACGUAUCAGGCAUGGAGAUCGCCCGUAGCUACACGGUGGUGGUUCCCUCGCUGACACGGCCCGAGGAAGAUCCCGAGGUGAAGAGUGGCCAGGCCGUCUACCUGAUGAUCAAGUCCUACAAGGGAGGAGUCAUCUCCCCGUGGAUCUGUAACGUCAAGCCAGGAGACAAGGUCCAGAUGAGCAACUACGACGGCAACUUUGACGUGAACAUGCUGAAGAACGUGUCGCACCUGGUGAUGUUCUCCGCGGGGACCGGAUUCACAUCCAUGAUCCGCGUUAUCCGGCACGCCCUCUUCAACAUGUCUUCCUCUACCUUCUUGGCGAAAAUUCACGGCCUUCAAGAAGAACAUAUAUAUAUAUUCUCACAGAAUAACUGAACUGUACGCUAGAUGAUUAGGUCUGCUGUUUUGUACAUUAAAAUCAGGUUACUUUCUCCCAGGAGUGCGGUGUAGACAUUUGUAAGUAAAAGUUUGCUCACUUUA